AUGAGCGCCGCAGACGACUUCCUUGCUGACCUCGACGGUCUCUCUGACAAUGAUGACGAAGACCAGCCCGUCGAAGAAGGAGCCCUCGAAGACCUCGCCACACAGCCCACUGGCAGCAAUGGCAACAACCCCCUCAAACGCAAGGCCUCAGGCUCUGACGCCGAAAUGUCGGACGCAGACGAUGGAGAAGCUCCAGACGAAGAGGCUGAGGGGAAGGCCAGAGGAGGAGGGUUGGUUUUGGAUGGAGGUGUGAAGCCUGCGGAAGAACUGGAUGCGGAGGAUGUGCAGUUGAUGGAGUUGGGGAGGGUCGAGGACGUGAAGGAGGUGGCGAAGUUGGAGGGGAGUAAGAGGAUGAAUGAUAUUUUGAAGGAAAUCGAGAAGUACCAGGCCAACCCGUCUUCAAUGGACACGAUUUCAUUGCCUAUACACUCCAAUCCAGAAUACAAUCUAAUUGUCCAGGCGAAUAACCUGUCAGUGGAUGUAGACAACGAGAUUCUUGUCGUUCACAAGUUCAUCCGGGACCAUUAUGCUCCCAAAUUCCCUGAGCUGGAACAGCUGGUCGCCGAUCCUGCCAUGUACAUUCGCUCCGUGCGCGUCCUGGCUAACCACGAGGACCCAACGAAAGUCGAACUGCAAGGCGUCCUCCCUCCCGCAAUUAUCAUGAGUGUCCUCGUCACCGCGACGACCACCUCCGGCCAGCCACUAGAGGAAGCCAACUGGAAGUCGGUCGAACGAGCCUGUGACCUGGCCGAUCGACUGGAGGAGGCGCGCAAAAAGAUUUUCAUGUACGUCAGUUCACGAAUGAACGUUCUCGCACCGAACCUAUCAGCCAUCGUGGGCACAACUACAGCGGCCAAACUCCUCGGUGUCGCAGGCGGACUCAGCGGACUCGCUAAGAUGCCCGCUUGUAACGUUCACCUUCUGGGCGCACAGAGGAAGAUCACCGCCGGUUUCUCGACGGCCACACAACGUCGGCACACCGGCUUCGUCUACCAGUCCGAACUCGUCCAACAAACGCCAGCAGAAUACCAGCUCAAGCUCCAGCGCACAAUCGGUGCCAAGGCCGUCCUGGCCGCUAGGAUGGACCUGGAGAGGAACAAACGCGACGGCGACUACGGUGAAGAACUACGAGAGAAGAUCGAGAAACGUUUGGAUCGAUUGACCGCGCCUCCACCCUCCAAAGUCGUCAAGGCCCUCCCACUGCCUAACGACGGCCCCAAGAAACGUCGUGGCGGUAAACGAGCACGCAAAGCGAAAGAAGCCUACGCGCAGACCGAGCUCCGCAAACUCUCGAACCGGAUGGCGUUCGGCGAGGCCGAAGAAGAGGUCGGCGCGUUCGACGAGACGAAGGGACUGGGCAUGAUUGGGGUGUCUACGGGCAAAGUGCGCGCGAGCCAGGGCGAGACGAAGAGCAAGGCCAAAAUGUCGAAAGCGAACAAGCUACGAACCGCGGCGCUCACCAGGGCCGCACAGGGCGCACAAACCUCGGGUACCGCGUCUUCCUUGGUCGUCACCCCCGUCCAAGGCUUCGAGCUUUCAAAUCCUGCGGCGAGGGCGGCGCGCGUCAAAGAGGCGAACGAGCGUUGGUUCGGCGGCGGGACGUUCUCGUUCGUUGGGCAGAAGGGGUCUUGA